AGAACUAGACAUUCUAUAACAUAAUAAAAGUUAACUUAAAAGUUGAACCACCCCUUUAAUGCCAAAGGAACCUUGGAGCCGCCACCAUCUUGGACCAAGCAGUAGCUCCAGGGUUGCAUCAGUGCAGUGAGUCUGUAAGCAGAGCACACGUGUCUCUAGAAUCAGGUGCAACUCUGGGAUUCUGAUUGGUUCCUGUCCUACAGUGCAUUGAGCGGAGUACUGCAAGCAAGCAAGUCUGAGCGGAACAUAUCUAAACAGAUGCACCUCGGGUUUCUUCUCUUGCACAAGAUGCAUCACAUUCCCUUAUGUGGCACCCAGAACCAUCAAUAGAAUGCACAGGUAUCAGCAUUAGUUUUGCUGUAAAGGACACACACAGUGUUGUGGUUUUUUUUUUGGUUUUUUUUAAGUCGUCCUCAUCAUACAGCCAAUGAGAAAUAAUAUAAAAAGCCUGAUUUUAAUUUGUACAAAAACAAUUGUGUCCGUUCCUCUCCAUUCCCAUAAACACAGUAGCAUAUGGGUAGCCAAUCACAGAGACCUAUAUCCCACUAACAGUUCUUCUGGGGCACUUGGGCACAGCGUAUUCUGAACAACAAUAUUUGUUUUUUUGUAUGAGGAUCUCUUGUUUUCAGUCCUAACGUGACGUAAAAAUGUGGAUUAUAAAAUGCCUAAAGUUCAUUUAGUAACAACAGGCAGGAGUUACCCGUUCAAUACACCAUAACAACACAGCGUAACAGAAACAAGUCAAACAACUAUAAAAACACAGCAGCAGCCUUCACUGUAAUGGUUGCACUUGUAGAAUAACAUUGGAUGUCCUAAGAGAGGUGCCAGUGUGCUGUAGUGCAGUUCUACAUAGCUACCAAUCAGCUUCAUAGCUACGUCAUUCCAAAUAACAUGGGACCAAUCGGCAACGUAUGGAUUAUAAGGGAGACCCUGAGUGGCUGUUUGUGUUAAUGUGCAAAAAAACAAGUCAUUUCUCAUUAGCAUUUUUAUAAGCCACUUCUCUGCUGAAGAAGAGCAAACCCAGCUCAGAGUUCAGUGCACAUCACCCCCUGAAUACACAGGCACAAUAUGGCCGACUGUGAGCCAGGCCUCGUCUUCCACUCAACAACUCUAGCUUUUAGUAUGUCAGUAGUUUUAAUAAAGUGUAUAAAGUGCAAUGGAGCAGCUCAUGGAAACACUUCCAAACACUUCUGCCCCCCUCAUCCCAACAAGAGUGCUGCACCCGAAGCUUGGGAACAGCCAAAUAAUGCCACCCACCUAAUAGAUAUUGAGCUUUAAUUGCAAGCCUGAGAUCCAGAGCAAAAGAAAUACAAAAAUACUUGUAACACCAACAACAUGCAACCUGCAAUAACUCCCACUGUGUUUAUACACCUGGUGAUUUAGGAUCAAGCAUUAACUCUCAUGUCAAAAUGAUGAGAUUAAAUGGAGACAAAUAUAAUGAUAUGCAAAAUAUGGGGCUCAGAUCUAUGCAAGAAACCCAAGUCCAGGCUGAGAUUCACAAUUGGCCCUGACAUUUCAGGAACACAGAGGGAGAAAUGUAAAGUGCGGAAAAUUUGACCUCACAGGCUCAAGUCUAGUCUGACGGAGAGACAACAGGGAACGAAAAGCAAGAUGGUGGCACAGCAAAAGAAACUUCCCUGAGCCAGUGCUAUUUUCCUAAAAGGGGCACCAGCCAGGGAAAUAUCUGUAUUUAAUGAGGUUUGUAAAAGAUCCCAAGGAACCAGCAAUGCAGUUAUUGUAUCACACAGCCCCCAGCCUACAGGUAAUGCAAACAUCUCCACAGGAGUAGGACCCAGGGCCAAUAUACAAGUAAAGAUUUGCAAAGUCACAUGUAGAUAUAUAUGAUGUGCUAAGGACGGAUAUAAAACAUAAAAUAUGUGUGUUCAUUACAAAUUGCAGAGCAGUAACAGUGACAGACACCACUCAUUAGCACAUAACUGUUAGUCACCCCCAGGGGUUCUCCGUAAGGAACAGGUUGGGGUAUCAACUUUAACACAAAUGGGAAGCCCAGUGGAUUGGCCUGUGGCCUAAACUUCUACUCCCCUAAUAUCUUACAGUAGGGCACAUACCCAUAUAAUCUAUUAAGGAAACUGCUGAGAUAAUAAUUACAGUAAAAAUCUAUGGCACAAGCAGUUCUGACAGUAAUUACAGCAGCAUUUGAGUCUGAUUUGCCUGAUUUUACUUUUUAUUGAAUGAGUUUUUGGUGCAGAUAACCAUAAAGUUUAGUAUCCCAGGGCUUCCUCUCUGCCAGGCCUCACACUGCUGGUGAAGCAAAGGUGCCCACACCCACAUCCCAUAAUGCACUCUGACUGGGAACAACUGGCUCAGUCGGUUAAAACCGUUUAAACUGCAUUUGGAGAUUGAUGGUGGAUCAGUGGUGGAUCAGUGCUGGAAAAGCGAUUGGAUUUAUUCUGGAUUAUAAACGCUGAAUUAUUCCUUGCGCCCCUCACACAAUCACACCCACUCACAGACACCUUACACCUUCAUCAAUAAUUGUGCUUUCUGCCAUUUAUUGUCCCACACAACUUCUGUCCCUACACUCACACCCUCACUCAUCUCUUGGCAUACUCCUUCCCUCCACAUAUUUCUUUUGCAGGACUUUUAUUUUGCAGGUUGGACCCAUCCUCUCUUUAUCUACAGCAGACUGAAAAUGUCUGGAAGGUAUAGAAAGAGGACCUACAGCGAGGCCAUGUCCCCGGACAAUGAGAGGCCUUGGAAGAGAAUGCGCAGUGAGGAGAAGAGUAGGAGCCCUGCGCAUAGUGACAGGCCUGAACCAGCUGCCGGCAUGGACUUCUACCAACUGCUGGAAAAAGAAGCAGUCAAAAGAAGCCUGGACGUGGACUCAUGCAUGAAGACGUCGGACAAGUACCUCCUGGCUAUGGCCAAGAUAUAUAUGCAGCGUGCUGGACUGCACAAGGAGGAAUACACCGAAAUGAAUUUCAUUACUGCCCUGUUACUCGCCAACGACAUGGAGGAGGAUUUACAAUUCCCUCAGUUGAUCUACAAAUUGGUCAAUGGCAAAGAUUGGCAGAAAAAAUGGAAGGAAUUGAGGGCGAGGCGACUAGAGUUGUGGGCCAGAAUGAAUUUCCAAGGUUGGGUGAACAGAACAUCAUGUGAAGAGGCAAUGGUAGAUAACCCGACUCACUGGGCGUGGAAGCGUGAGAGACACGAGGGCCAUGGACUUUCCAUCAAAAGUCACGCCAGAAAAAGGGAAUUCUAUUAUUUCAAGGGCUUUCCCAAACAUUUCCCGCAAGAAUGUUCUGUGUGCAGAGUGAAAGCCACGGAGGAAGCCCAGCCUGCCAAGGUGCCAUUCAAGAUAAGAAUGAAGAACACCUGGAAGAAAAAAGACCCUCCAGCAAAUGAUAUAGUAUAGUACUGUAGUGUAGAGCUGUAUAUUUAAUUAUAGAUAUAUAUUAUCAAAGUAUUUCUCAUUUAAAUGCAGACAUUACACAAACAACUUAGAGCGUUAAAGGUAGAUAUUUUUUUAGAAAACAUUUAGUUCUGACACCAAAGUUUUUACUUAGUAAUGGGAUUAUAAUGUUUAAUAUUUACAUUUUAAUAUAAUCUGGGUAAUUCAGGGCAGUGAUUUUAUUCACCGCCAUUUCACGUCUUUGCAUUUAAAUAGAGAUAUUUUAAUAUGUAUCAUAGAGUUUUAAUUAUAAGUAGUAUAUAUUUGUUUUAUUUAGUACAUUAUAGAGCAUUAAAGGUAGAUAUUACUUCAGGAAAGAUAUUAAUUUUCUGACACCAAAAUUCUUAAUUUGCAAUGGGAUUAUAAUGUUUAAUAUUUAAAUUUUAA